AUGGAUUCAGGGGUCAAACGAGUUCAUAUCCCCCCUCGGGGCGUCGACUACCGUGGCAAGGUUGUCCUUGCGCCUAUGGUCCGCUCUGGAGAGCUGCCUUCGCGACUGCUCGCACUCAAGUAUGGAGCAGACCUCGUCUGGGGCCCAGAAACUGUCGAUCACUCUAUGAUUGGAACCACUCGUCGAUUCAACGAGGACUCGAAGACUAUUGAAUGGUUCCGUGCCUCUUCUCAAGGACACAAAGAGCCACUUGCCGAUGCCAAGGAGAGCAUCAUCUACAGAAUGCUCCCUGAGGUUGAGAAGGAUAAGUUGAUCUUCCAAAUUGGCACUUCGGAUCCGGAUCGGGCGGUGCAAGCUGCAAGACUGGUCGCUGCCGAUGUUGCUGGAAUCGACGUCAAUGCCGGAUGUCCCAAGCCCUUCAGCACCCACGGAGGCAUGGGGGCGGCUCUCCUCAAAACCCCCGACAAGUUGUGCGCCAUCCUCGAAGCCCUGGUAAAGACCAUCACUCCCGAGUUUGAGAUCGGCAUCAGCGUCAAGAUCAGAUUGUUGGACACGGCUGCCGAGACCGAGACCCUCGUGAGACGCCUUUGCGCUACGGGCAUCACUGGUCUGACUAUCCACUGCCGAACCACGCCCAUGCGACCCAGAGAGGCGGCGAUCCGAGGGCAGUUGCGCAUGAUCACAGAGGUGUGCCAUGAGUAUGGUGUCGCGUGCCUCAUGAACGGAGACGUCGAGAACCGGGACCAAGCCAUGAAACUCGCAGAGGAGUUCGGUGCGGAUGGUGCCAUGAUUGCUACCUCGGCUGAGAAGAAUCCCAGCUGUUUCAGGAGCAAGGCGGAUGGCGGAUUUGCCCCAUGGCGAGAAAUUGCCGACGAAUAUGUCAAGGCGGCACUGGACGUCGAAAACCGAUACGGCAACACCAAAUUCCUUCUGGCCCAGUUAGUCCCCGGAAAGGAGAAGCUCUACCAGCCAGUCAACCAGUGCAAGAGCUAUGCCAGCACCUGCCAGACUCUUGGCUUGGAUAAAUACCUGGAGCAGGCUCGUGAGGUCGACUCCAAGCUGGGCCUAGACCGACCCCUCCAAGGAAAAGCAGCCAAGAAGGCGGCUAAUAAGCAGGCAAGGGCCAACGCGAGUGCUCUGGCGGCGGGUGGUCAGAUGGCCAAGUCUAGGGAUAACACACAGAAGAAGAAGAAGAAGGCCUUGUCUGAUCGGGCGCUUAAUACCCAGGCCGAAAAAUCCGAGCCGGUCCCCGUUGCGUUGACGGGCUGA